AUGACAGAGAUUACAAAUAAUCGGCAAAUAAAGGAUGAGCCAGUCAUCGAAUUCAUCAAUCGAUGGAGAAAUGCGAGUCUAAACUGCAAAGACAGGCUCAGUGAAGUUUCUACAAUAGAGAUGUGCGUCCAAGGAAUGCACUGGGGGCUUCUCUACAUAUUGCAAGGAAUUAAACCAAAAUCCUUUGAAGAGUUAGCUACUCUUGCUCAUGACAUAAAGUUAAGCAUGUCUUCUGCUGGAAAGGAAGGAGCGUCUUUUCAUGACCCUCGAAGGGGAAAGAAAAAGAAGGAACCCAAAAAAUGGAGCAAAGCUUGUGUUGAUCAGUGUGAGAAGACUGGAUGUGUGGGGGACAAAUACUCUCAACAUUAUAAUUUUACUUCGGGGGAUAGUCCCAUUGAUGGUCCAUGGUAUCUGCAGGAUCCACUUUAUCUGAGGAAACAAUGGGACUGCCUUAGUGAUUGUCGCUACCACUGCAUGCUUGCCAGAGAGGAAGAACGGAAGAAAGUUGGUCUUAAGCCUGUAAAAUAUCAUGGAAAAUGGCCUUUCCAGCGUGUCAAUGGAAUCCAGGAACCUGUUUCUAUAGCUCUUUCCGCUCUUAACCUUGCUGUACAAUUCCAUGGAUGGGUAUCCUUUUUCAUUUUGGUGAAUUACAAGCUGCCCUUUAGGACAAACAGAAAGCCAUAUUAUGAGUUCACGGGCUUGUGGCAUAUUUAUGCUAUUUUUUCACUGAACUCCUGGUUCUGGAGUGUUGUUUUCCAUAGUCGAGACGUAGACUUGACUGAGAAGCUAGACUAUUUGUCUGGCGUUGCAUUGUUGGGGUUUUCUCUCAUCCUGGCUGUAUUGCGGGUCUUUAAUGUGCGAGACGAGGCAGCAAGAGUAAUGGUUUCUGCCCCCCUUGUUGCAUUUGUGACAACCCACAUCUUGUAUCUUAAUUGUUACCAGCUUGACUAUGGGUUAAACAUGAAAGUCUGUCUGGCAAUGGGAAUGCUGCAGCUUAUCUUAUGGGCUGUAUGGGCAGGGGUUACUUGCCAUCCAUCACGCUGGAAAUUAUGGGUUGUGGUGAUUGGUGGAGGUCUGGCUUCACUCCUUGAGAUAUAUGACUUUCCUCCCUAUAUGGGAUUUGUGGAUGCCCAUGCUCUAUGGCAUGGCACCACCAUUCCUUCGACCCACUUGUGGUGGAGCUUUGUGCGGGGUGACAGUGAAUUCAGGACAACAACUCUCAUCAAGAAAGCAAAGUAGAUUGAAGAAACGUGUGCUUCUAAUUGCUAAUUUUUGUAUGAAAUCAUUGGUUGUUUAGGUCUCUGUUAGUUGUCAGUAGGCUGCCCUUUUUUCUCGUGAUGUGCAUUUCUAGGAGUUGUCUAGCCAUGCGAGUUUCUCUAUUUCCAGCUUCAGUAGGUCUAGGUCGGACUAAAUUCAUCUCCAGUUGUUUCGUAAUAACAUUUGAUGCUCUGUCGUUGCUUUUUGUGGCUUGAACUUUACUUGAGCUGGGUCACAAAAUAAAUUCAUUUAAAGCUCCUUGAUUUGAAUUACGUAUAUUUUCCUUGAUAUUUACUGUUAUUAUUUUAUCACUUAUUUCUGUUGUGUUAUACAUCCUGUUUCGAGUUGCAUUACGACCUUGCUAUCCUAUUUCACUCUCUUGAGCCGGGGGUCUAUCGGAAACAGCCUCUCUACUUCUUCGGAGGUAACGGUAUGGGCUGCGUACAUUUCACCCUCCCCAGACCUCACUGUGUGGGAAUAUACUGGGUUGUUGUUGUUGUUGAUUUGAAUUACAUAUAAGGUGUGGUUUCCAUAUCUUUCAUGGUGUUCUGUGAAUCACGUUUACAUUAUUGUAGCCUGAGGUCACUUUGUUUUCGUGAAAAUACUAGUACUAUUCUUUGCUGUAAAAUAUUGUCAAAUGAUUUCAGGUCAGGUCCUCGUAAGGUGUCAAUAUUCCAGGUCGAUGCUAUUACGAUUUAGUGGUGACUGGUGAUAUUCAUGUAUUUCAAAUCCCUUAAGCAGGUUCUGUAAUAUUUACAGUAUGCAUUCCUAAAACCCGGUUUCUUAUACUUAUUUGUGUUGGUAGUUUACUUAUUUGUGUGGCAGUUUGGAGCAGUAAGUCCUACAUGCAAGUAAGUUAUGCUGGGCUCAAAUUAAAAGGCGGCUUUUGAUCAAGAGGCAAUUGAGGAUUUAGACCCCAAAUUUUAUUUCUUUGAUAUAUAGACCCUUUUUAGGGUAAGGCUGCAUUUGUGUUUUUAAGAUUCAGAAAUCUGUAUGCAUGUCUAAAUGAUUAAAAUGUUGUCUCUAAAUUUUAAAACUGAAUGAUUAAAACUGUUUGUUUUUCGACA